CUUUCCACACUUUGCAGUUUUCUACUAGUUUUCUCCUGCUUGGUGCUUUCCGUCUUUUCAACUAUUGAUGACUAUGAGGCGAGUUCCGAAGGUGCACUUUACAUUCUGGAAAUAGUCACCAUCGUGGUCUUUGGCGUGGAGUACUUUGUACGGAUCUGGGCUGCUGGCUGCUGUUGCCGCUAUCGGGGCUGGAGAGGAAGGUUGAAAUUUGCCCGCAAACCGUUUUGUGUCAUCGACAUCAUGGUGUUGAUUGCCUCCAUUGCCGUGCUGGCUGCUGGAUCCCAGGGCAAUGUCUUCGCCACCUCGGCACUCCGGAGUCUGCGGUUCCUGCAGAUACUGCGCAUGAUACGGAUGGACCGUAGGGGAGGCACAUGGAAGCUCCUUGGAUCGGUGGUGUAUGCUCACAGCAAGGAGCUGAUCACUGCGUGGUACAUUGGCUUCCUCUGCCUCAUUCUAGCCUCCUUCCUUGUGUACUUGGCCGAGAAGGGAGAAAACGAGCACUUUGACACCUACGCGGACGCACUGUGGUGGGGCUUGAUUACGCUGACCACCAUUGGCUACGGGGACAAGUAUCCGCAGACCUGGAAUGGACGUCUUCUAGCAGCAACAUUUACUCUGAUUGGUGUUUCCUUUUUUGCCCUCCCAGCUGGCAUCCUCGGUUCUGGAUUUGCACUGAAAGUUCAAGAGCAGCACCGGCAGAAGCACUUUGAGAAGAGGAGGAAUCCUGCAGCGGGCCUGAUUCAGGCUGCGUGGAGGUUCUACGCCACCAACCUCACGCGGACGGACCUGCACUCCACCUGGAAUUACUAUGAGCGAACGGUCACUGUCCCCAUGUACAGACUCAUUCCUCCCCUGAACCAGCUGGAGCUUCUGAGGAACCUGAAGAGCAAAUCUGGAUUAACUUUCAGGAAAGAGCAGCAGCCCGAGCCAUCUCCAAGUCAAAAGGUCAGCUUGAAAGAUCGUGUCUUCUCCAGCCCCCGAGGUGCGGCCACGAAAGGUAAAGGUUCUCCUCAGGCCCCGGGCGUCCGAAGAUCGCCCAGUGCCGACCAGAGCAUUGAGGACAGCCCAAGCAAAGUCCCCAAGAGCUGGAGCUUCGGAGACCGCAGCCGGGCCCGGCAAGCCUUCCGCAUCAAGGGAGCUGCUUCGCGGCAGAACUCAGAAGAAGCGUGCCUUCCCGGAGAAGAUAUGCCUGAUGCCGACAACAAGAGCUGCAAUUGCGAAUUCGUGACAGAAGACCUGACACCGGGCCUUAAAGUCAGCAUCAGGGCCGUGUGUGUCAUGAGAUUUCUGGUCUCCAAGCGGAAAUUCAAGGAGAGCCUGCGACCCUACGAUGUUAUGGACGUCAUUGAACAGUAUUCAGCCGGACAUCUGGAUAUGCUUUCCAGGAUCAAGAAUCUUCAGUCCAGGCAAGCGUCUCCCCUCUUUCAGCCGUAA